AUGCGACGAGGGCCCAGCGCCUGGUUCCGCCCCAGCGCCAAAAGGACGGAAUACGGGCGGGCAGCGGAAGCGGAGCAGCUGCAGCAGUUGGAGGUAUGGGCUAUGCGAGGAAGGUACAUGUACGAGUACCUCAGGAAUGUGGGCACGUUACCAAGGAACUGCCCUCUUCAUUUCCACCUCCAGGUCCAUCCAGCCUUGGGGUCGGGCAUUCCAUUGCCUUUGCCGGUUCCGCGACUUCAGUUCCAGCUCCAGCUCCAGCAAAGCAGCGCAACUGCUCAGUGUUUCAGUGUUUCUUGUGCUUUUGCUUUGUCAUUCUUCUUUUCUCUUGUCCUGGCGCGCACAACAAACGACGACGACGACGACGAGACGCAGCUGCUUCUUUGCUCUCGACAGACAGACAGACAGACAGACAGACAGGACGGACUCUCGCCACGCCACCUUUCGCCUUCCAAGGGCCUUGUCCUGCCUCUCAACCUCUUGCUUGCGCUUCUUUGCCCCUUCGAACCUCUUUGGCGCCUGCUGGCGCCGGCUGGCUCCGCGCAUUGCUCCCCCCCGAUUAGCCAACCUCGCCGGGAGCUCGUCUUUCAAACUGGCGCCCGCGCAUUCUCGGCCACCACGUCCCAUAUGAACGCUCCGCAUCGUCCUCCGGCCCAGCCUGUGGCCUUGCCGCCCCAGCGGCCGCAGGUUGGCAUUGAGCGCCUGCCGACUCGGAAUGUCACCACGGAGCCCCGUGAAUCCAUGAAUUGCAAGUCGUGCCGGAAGCGAAAGCGCAUCCUAGAAGCGGGCAGUCGAGUGUGCCUCAAGCCCUCGCCCCCCGGUGACGGUGACUCUCUUGGAGACAUGUCACCACCGCUACGUCACGGAAAUUUUUCUUUGGUACCGGAAAUGCUCAUACCUGCUGGUGUUAUAGAUGCCGUUCCGAAGAAGCGUGGGCCAAAGACGGAUGUCUUGGAGGCCCUCUUGAAGAGAGUGGAUGGGCUCGAGGCCAAGCUCAAGGAGAAGAAUGCCGAAGGCGAGCAGGCUUCCUCAUCAUCAGCCACGGAAAAUCAAGAGACACCAACGACUGAGUCGUCGACAAAGAGGCAGCCCGCCGAGCGAGAUAUCGUGGAGCCUGUUGCCAAGCGACGGGCGACCGAAGAAAAGACGACGCCCAAUGUCACGGAGCUGCCGCUCUACUCUCCGCAGACCUCGACGACUGGGGAACCCGCCACACCUUCUGUACAGACAGACGCUCUUCUGGAUACAUACUUUACCCGCUUCCACAAUAAGCCGUUCCACAUCUUUGACGAGUCCUUGAUCCGAAAACGCAUCAACCAAAACCAGCUCCCUCCCUUCUUAUUCGACGCCAUUGCCGCAGUCGCUGCUAGACAUACACCACAUCCUCUCGGUUUCCGUGCGGCUGUCAAGUUGGGCGACGAAUAUGCCUCUCGCGCGAGGAGUGCCAUUGACAUCGACGAGCCUUCCAUCGACAACCUCCAGGCAAUUGUCUUACUGGCAAUUGCAUUCACGGCCUCGGGCAAAGGGAGAAAGUCCUUCAUGUUAAUAUCUAAUGCCAUUGGCAUGAUCAUGGCACUUGAAUUGCACCGUGAGGUGGACCAACAGGCACAGGUAACCUCGACGGAACGGGAAAUGCGGAGGCAGCUCUUCUGGUCAUGCUAUCUCCUAGAUCGCUUUGCGGCUUGCGGUUCCAAGCGCCCAUCGCUCAUCAGCGACGACUCCAUCGCAUUACGACUCCCGUCAUGGUAUUCGGCGGCUUCCAAUCUUCACGUGGACGGCGAUUUCUUCCUCUGCGGAUCUAAUCUACAGUACUUUCAGGGCAGUGGCAAAAAAUCCCAGGGCACUUCAGGGAUGCUCAUCGACAUAACGCGCAUUCUCGGGGUGACGAAUCGAUAUCUGGCGGCUGGCGGCGUCAAGGGUGAUUCGCAUUUCCCUUGGCACUCGCUGUCAAAUCUAUCCAAGAUUAGGCAGGAUCUAGACGUGUGGGCAUCUGGCACAGAUGGCAUAUUCGCAUCGAUGGACGUUCUCUUCGGCCAGCAAGACUCGACUACCCUCGUCUUAUGCAAGCUCAUAUAUCACCUCAUCCACUGUUUGAUCUACCGACCGUUCCUCCCAAUUAGCCUAGCCGAACUGGCGGGAAAUGGACAGCACCAGUCGUGGCAGAUUGAGGCGACCAACAUGUGCUUCUUCCAUGCAAAUGCCAUUACGGAGCUCGCCGAGAUGGGCAGGCAGAUGCAGACUAUUGAGUGGCCAUCGUUUGUCGGUUACUGCAUCUGCACCGCCGGUACCGUUCACAUCCACGGCGCGCACUACGGCAAGCAGGGCACCAGCGGCGAAAUCAGUGUCUUUAGCUCUUCUUCGGAUUUCUUGUCCCGCGAGAUGCAGCUGUUGAGCGACCUGCGGUUUACGUGGGCCAUUGUCCAGCACCAGCGGGAUAUGCUCCAGCGGCUCUACGAAGCCCACAGAGAGCUGGUAAAGACGAUUACCGGCAACGCGAUGCGCUACACGCCCGGCUUCCAGCUCGAAGAUUUCUUCGAUCGAUAUUCCAACAUUGGUGGACUCGGCGGGCCGACUUUCCAUUUCGAUACCGCAAACCUCAGCCUAGCAGACGAAUUGGUCGACUACUCCAACGAGCCCACGCCUUUGCCUGACAUUCAAUCGCCCUGGCCUACGGAAAACAGGCCGAAUCUCAAGCGGAAGAACACGUCACAGUCUUCCGUUCAAAGCAUCCCUCUGCCCCUCACGCCUACAAUGACGGUGACGAGCUAUCCCCGCCAAUCCGUAUCCAUGCAGCCUGGUCUGAUGCCGGCACCCUCAACGCCCGGCGUUGGUGCUAUGGCGGAGAUGUUGCCCGCUCACAUGGAAGCCCAACGGCAGCAGCACCACAUGGGUACCAUGCGCAACACCGUGGAUGUCACAUCGGCCGCCCAUCCAGCCAUGGCCGGCUUUGGACUUGGGCACCCUGCUCACGCCGGCGUAGGAGGCAUGGCCCCCAUGGGUGGUAUGACGUUCAGUCCCGCUUUCAACUACAACAUGGGACCUUCACACGCAGCGGGCGGCGUCCCUCAACAGCAAGUAAUCAACGACGCGAGCGGAGGCUUCGAUGCCAUGUUCGGACCCAGCGCUUUCAAUAGCCCAGCCCAAUGGCAACCAGCAGUCGGCCAGGCGACACCGGGCGCCACGGCUCCCAGCCCGAGCACGAAGAGCAACACAGGCAGCACAGGUACAACGGGAGGCGAGGAGAAGGACCCAUUCAUGAGCCUCUUGGAACAGCUUGCCAACGAUGAGCAGCGGCAGAAUAGCGGGUUGAAGAGCGAGCUUGAUUUCUUCUUGGCGGGCGGCACUGCUUCAUGA